GGUUACCCAACCCAACUCUUUGCCGCAGCAAAGACCAACCAUAGCUGCUGAAAAUUUGAAACCCUGUUUCUCUUUCAACGACUUCAGGGCAUAAUUCCUCCUUAUCAGACUCAUUUUGUUUUACUGUCUGCACAUUAUAGCUCAGCCUCCCGCACGCGGAGGCCACCAUGGACAGCAGGUCCAAUCUGAAGCCUUACAGCGGCAAGCCGGAGCCCCAGCCCACCGUGCCAGCGCGCGCAUUUGACGCCGCAUUUGAGCUGUCGAACCUGCUGGAGACGGGCCUGGACAAGGACAGCUUGGCCAUCCUGCUCGAGCUGCUGAACGCGGGCGUGAACCCGGAGGCGCUCGCGACUGUGGUUCGCGAGCUGCGGCGCGAGGCGGCCGAGUACCAGGCGGCGGUGGAGCGGGUCAACACCGCGAGCACUGCGGCGGGUGCCAGCGGCCAGCGGGUGCGCUAAGCCCAGCCAUUGGAGCUUGGAGGCCGGAGGCACAGUUGCGGCACGGGCGUCGGCCCUGGGACCGCACCGUAAUCAGCGGGCGUGGGAAAGUGGGCGUGAGGCAGCCCGGCACGUGUGACACGUAACGUACCAGGCAAGGCAUACAGGCGCUACGGCACCGACGGCAGCGGCAAAACGCAGCGGCCGUCGGGACGACGAGUCUGACAGAGUCGGCCUCAGCCGCAGGACCCGCGACCCGCAUCAUAAGGCAAUAUUGCCUACUGCGCAUCUCAUUCGUCUUCGUAUCAGUAGCGACUUAGCAUACAAACGACUGCUGUAGCGCAAGCAGCUAAAGCACCAACUGCCUCCAAACAA